GGCACCGCACCGCGCGCAGAGCCCCGCAGACAGACGCCCGCCACUACCAGCGCCGCCCCGACGGCCGCCCCGCAAUCCUCCCGCUGCCACCGGGCCCCCAAGGCCACCAUGAAAAAGGAGGUGUGCUCCCUUGCCUUCUUCAAGGCGGUGUUCGCAGAGUUCCUGGCCACCCUCAUCUUCGUCUUCUUUGGCCUGGGCUCAGCACUCAAGUGGCCCUCGGCGCUGCCCACCAUUCUGCAAAUCUCAAUUGCCUUUGGCCUGGCCAUAGGUACCUUGGCCCAAGCUCUGGGACCUGUGAGUGGUGGCCACAUCAAUCCGGCCAUUACUCUGGCCCUCUUAAUAGGAAACCAGAUCUCCCUGCUCCGAGCUGUCUUCUACGUGGCAGCCCAGCUGGUGGGCGCCAUUGCUGGGGCAGGCAUCCUGUACUGGCUGGCGCCACUCAAUGCCCGGGGUAACCUGGCCGUCAAUGCGCUGAACAACAACACAACGCCUGGCAAGGCCAUGGUGGUGGAGUUAAUCUUGACCUUCCAGCUAGCCCUCUGCAUCUUCUCCUCCACCGACUCCCGCCGCACCAGCCCGGUGGGCUCCCCAGCCUUAUCCAUUGGCUUGUCCGUCACACUGGGCCAUCUUGUGGGGAUCUACUUCACCGGCUGCUCCAUGAACCCAGCCCGAUCUUUCGGCCCUGCGGUGGUCAUGAACCGGUUCAGCCCCUCUCACUGGGUCUUCUGGGUAGGGCCUAUUGUGGGGGCCAUGCUGGCGGCCAUCCUCUAUUUCUACCUGCUCUUCCCCUCCUCUCUGAGCCUCCAUGAUCGCGUGGCUGUCGUCAAAGGCACAUAUGAGCCGGAGGAGGACUGGGAAGAUCAUAGAGAGGAGAGGAAGAAGACCAUCGAGCUGACGGCACACUGACUGGUGCGGACAGGGGCCCGUCCCUCAGCCCCUGGACCACUGGAGAAAAGGAAGACGAAGAGUUUGAAGCACCCCUCCCCAACAUCCUCUCAGCUGGGGAAAAGGCAUUGGAUCCCCAUGCUGUGCACAGGGACAGGAGCAGAAGCCCAUGAUGGGACACUCGGGUGUGGGCCAAGGGCUGGAGUCUGACAGGGACAGGGACAGGGCCGCUUUGGAAUCAGGCAGAAUGUCUGCCACAGCUCAGACCUCAGAGAUCGUGAAUGCGGUGCCAAGCUCACAGGCGGUCCAGGACCACACCAGAAAGGGACGACAGCUUGCUUAUCUCUCCCAACCCAGUAUCUCAAGUGCCAAAGCCGGCCCCCAGGUGGACAGAGGGGACAUUUCCCCCAGAGCUCUUCAGGAGAGGGAUAGAUGGCUCACGGAGUGCUAUUUUAUUUAUUUCUGGUCAAGGAUGGGGGUGGGGUGGGGCUGCUGGUGUUUGGGCUGGGCGCUUCCCCAAUAAACCACCUAUCUUCA